AUGGAUCAUAAUGACGAAUAUCACGAUCCAGACUAUCAGGAGACGACGGUGGUAGUAAAAGACGAGCCUCUAGAGUUCGCAGAAGACGAAAAAAUCAAUUUAAUCAAAUCGAUAAUUCGCCGGGAAUUCUCAAACGAGUUGGAGAUCAGAGAAAACGAAGUAAUGCUUAUUGAACAAAGAAUGUCGAUGUCUCGACGCUUACUCCACAGCCUCCGCUACGCGUUGGUCAGCAACUACUUCAACGAUCAGAAGUUGCAGUUGAGCAACAGCCAGAUAGAAGAUGACGUCGCUCACACACAGCUCGACCCCCGAGCACGAAACCAGAUGACAUCGUUACUGCGAGACGGUCAAAGGAGACUGCAUCCUUCAGUUCGGAAACUCCUCGGCAAGAAGACUGUGGAUCUGGACGAAAUCUUUUUGUCGCGAUCGCUAAGAAACAAGACAAGGAAGGAUUACUCGGCAAUGGUGCAAAAGAGAAACUACACAAUCGCAGCUGACGCCACCAAAACCCUCAGGCCGGAUGCCAAACCGGAAGUCAAGGAGGAAACCGGUACACCGGAACCGGAAACGGAACCCAGCAGUAGUAAACCUAAGAAAGUUCCCCGACAUCUGGACCCCAAGGUUGAGAAAGUGGUCACCAUUGAUGAUCCCACUAGGAAUAAGAUGAAACAUAGGUACAGAUUUAUCAUAGGUAACACAUCGAAAUAUGCCCCCGGGGCUUCUCGUGCGGACAGAUCGACACACAAGUGGCUACUGUAUGUGCGGGGCACGGCUUCCUCUCCGGAUAUAUCGUCGACGUUGACCGCACUGGUGGUGCGCCUGCAUCACUCCUACGCGCCGCACCACACCGUGCGGCUCUGCAAGCCGCCGUUCCACAUAUCGCGCCGGGGCUGGGGCGAGUUUCCGGCCAGGUUGGAGUUACACUUCCCGCUGCCGGCGGUGAACCGGCCCGCCACGCUGGACCACACCAUCAAGCUGGACCGGAACUACACGGGGCUCCAGACUUUGGGUGCGGAGACAAUAGUUGAUGUCUGGUUAUACAGCACUCCAGAGAUGUUGGAAUAUGAAUACUUUGACCCUGUACCAACACCCUUGGCUCAAUCUGAAGACCCACCGCAAGAAAAACAAGAACAAAAAGAAAUCAAACCAAAAAUGGAACCGAUCGAGUACGAUUCAACUGGACAAACAGACAAUUGGCUAGACUUCUUCAGUAAAGACACCACAGAAUUGGAUGUGGAUGAAAUGAUUAUUAAACCGGUUAAAAAGGAAAUUGUCGAAGAGAAAAGUGACAUAGAGAACUUGAUUGACACGAACGUUAUUAAAAAAGAAAAUGAUAAAAAUGACACUAAUCAGAAUGAGUGGGCAGCAAACGACAGCAGCGAUGCACAGUUGACCAAUGACAAAUCUUUGCCACUCACACCAAAGAAAAGGAUAAUGAAAUACAUAGACAGCGCUACGGGGAAAAUAUACUAUUUGGAAAUGGACAGGACUCUAGAUUUGAGCAAAGUGCAAGAGAUCGUUAUUAACAAUUCGAAGACUGCUAAAAUUAGUCCGAUCAAAUCGAACGGUCUGAAGAAUUUCAGGAAGAAAAAAGGUGGUGUCUCGUUGUUGAAACCCGAAGUGAAAUGUCAGUUGAAAAAUGAUAGUAGCUCGGUUAAGGAGAAUCCGGUCGUUAAAGAUUUCAGUCACAUAGAGAACGAUCAUUGUUAUUUAGGACAUAAUUGGUGUUUCAAAACGAACAAUAAUGAAGUGACGUCAGAUAAUAGAACUGGUGCUGCUAGUGAAGUGAAAAGUGAAUCCGUUUUCCAUGAAUUGUGUUCGUCUAUAGGCAGAUUUACUUGUGUAAGAGACGCUGUGUAUUAUUUAUUGAAAAGGAUAGCGAUUAUCACCGAUAGGGCAACGGAUGAGGAAUAUGUUAGUAAUUUCCCAUUUGUGGUGGAGAACGAGGAGAAAUAUUGGAAAAUGGACUUCGCCAAAAGAAGAAAUAUUGAGUGGUCAAGAGCUAAACUUAUCAACCGAAUGCUUCUGGAUCAUUUCAAUCAUCCCGAGCACAUAUGGAGGACGAAGCAAAUACUCAUAUUCUCAAGACUGCACGGCUUCAAUCCGGUGAGGCCGGACCCCGUAGAGAAACAACCUGAAAACGAAGAUUGGUCAUCGUGGAACGACUUCGAAGGUUCAAGAAGAUCAGAGUCAAACAUCAAAGAAGUGUAUCCGAACGCUGCAGACAUUUGUUCCCUGUCAGUGUUCAACGGUGAUGAGUUUUUGAACACUUCUUACGCUUCAAUAGAAAGUUUGGACUCGGACGAGGAUGUGGAAGUGUUGUGUAGUGAUUCCCCUGUGAAAGUGAAAAGGGAAGUCGUGUUAGACUGUAGUGAUAGUGAAUUGACAAUGUUGCCAGUUGACAACGAGGAGGACAGACUUAGGUUUUUGUACGUGGAAAGAAAAUGUGCCGAUAUCGGUGUGGAAUUGAGGAAUGAGGAUAUUGGCAACGGUUAUAGUUACAGUGCCGUCCAUGCUAUCCUUCUGUCAGCGAUGAAGUCUUUAGCCGAGGAGAUUAUUCGCAGUUCCAGAGCCGUCCACUUAACCAGAGAUCUUCCACAGCACACUAUACCACCGGUUUGGGUCGGUGGGUCACGCGUGUCGCACACGGUGGGCGGCGAGGUGCACGCGGCGCUACACGCGGACACGAGGCUCCGGGCCCUCACCGCACACGCGCUGGCCUCCAGCGACACGCACCCGCCCCCGCCCCACCGAUACCAUGCCAUAUGA